AUGCUCCUGGCUGUCCCUUACUCCAGAGCUCCAGGCACUAUGGAUCCAACUACUUCAAAGGCUCCUUGGGCCACCGUGACGCUGCUGCUGCUGUUGCUGGUGCUCCCGGUGUUGCUACCUGCCGGGGCAACCGCCCAGCCCAUGCCCAACUGCUGCCGACAGAAAACUUGCUCCUGUCGUCUCUACGACCUGCUACACGGAGCCGGCAACCACGCGGCUGGCAUUCUCACCCUGGGGAAACGAAGGGCGGGCCUAUCUGGGCUACAAGGACGACUCCAGAGGCUCCUGCAAGCCAGCGGCAACCACGCCGCAGGCAUCCUCACAGUGGGGCGCCGUGCUGGCCCAGGCGGAGAGCCCUUCCCCAGUCCCUCCGGAGCCCCGGGCUACAGCAGCUGCUCCCGGGUCCCUAGCACCUUGUCCUGCGUUGGGCACCUGUGUACCGACAGCCCCGCAGCACAGGACCCUGUCCAGAGCUGGCAGGGGUCAUGAGCUGCAGAGGCUACUGUCUACCA